CCGGGAUUGAGUCGCGGUAUUUACAAAUUUUGUGUUGACAACUUCAUCACUCAACGGUUUGCCUAAACGUCUUCCAGCGGCCACAUGUUUAAAAGAUUAAUCAUGGGCCUCAAUCGUACUUUGACCUUGGGUCAUUCAAUCAGCGUAUCCCUGCAAAUGAUGAAGUGAAAUUUCGGACAUGGAAGUGGAAGAAACUUGAGACCAGUCGCGAGGCUAAAGGAUGGGAGAGGGCCGCAUCUUGGUUCAGGCGACUGUGACAUCUAUCAGUGAUGACCACAUACUCUACCCCUGCUGUGUCCAGUGCUACAGCAAGAUGCUGCAGGACAUUCACUACAAGAAUAACAGGUGGCGCUGUUUGAAGUGUGGUGAAUCUUGCGGUGUGGAGGAACUUGAGUGGCGGUACCGCCUCCGUAUGACAGUAGCUGACACAAAUGAGUACAGGCAGGUGGCUGUGUUUGGUCGGACACUACAGCCAUUUUUUGGCACAAGCGCCAACGCAUUUCACAAAUUCUUGUCGUACCUCCAGAGGACCAAGUGCGAGGUAGCUGACACAACUCUGAAACAAGCCAUCUACCACGUGUUCGUAGGGCAACCAUUCCUGUUUGGGUUUGCAUCAGCCAAUCAACCUAAAUCUGAUAUAUCAGUCUCCAGUUUGUCCCAUGUUGCUGGUGGAAAGGGAAGUAACUCUGACCUAAUUGCUGUCCAGAUGAUAUCAACUAAUUUAAGCCAGAUGGGUACUGUUUCUCAACAGAUGAGUCAACUUUUGAACAGGCACACUGCAGACUCAUUCCGUCAGCCGCCAUCAGAGUUGACAAAAUAUAAUAACAAAAGUCCGCUGUCAGUGUUUGUCGGAAAAGGGAGCUCUAAUGAAACCAGGGAAAACCUUUUCAAUUCAUUCUUAGAAGUUUCAGAUAACAGUAAUGUGAACAGCCUCCUUUCAGUUCUGCUAAGCUGUGAAAACUCUUUAUCCAACACUGUUUCAGUGUCUUCAGCUUUUUUGAACAGCGCUGACUUGACAGAGGAUAGAACUAUGAUGAACGAGGGAAGUAGGAUUGGACCUGUUAGUAUGUCUUGUCAAGAUGACGUCGUUACUGAUCCUAUCACUGGCAAGACAGUAGUCCAGCUAGGUAAUGAGUUCACAGAUGCUGAUGAGACAAUGGACGAGGGAAGCAGAGUCUCACAUAUUAUGCCUUGUGAGGAUGACAUCAAUUCUGAUCCAGCUAUGGACAAUACUUUGGGUAAAUAUUACACAGAUGCUGAUGAGACGAUGAAUGAGGGAAGUAGAAUCCCACAUAUUAUGCCAUUUGAGGAUGACAUCAAUUCUGAUCCAGCUAUGGACAAUACUUUGGGUAAAUAUUACACAGAUGCUGAUGAGACGAUGAAUGACAGCAGUCUCCUGCUUGCUGUUGAGGAGCCAUCUUCAUGCAAUUCCCCUGAACAGGUCCCUGUCAAUAUUAAAUCUGUGAAUACAGAUACAGAACAGUCUCAAGUGAGUAGUGUUGAUAGAACUGUGUUCGGCUGUAGACAGGACCAUUCAGCUGAAGCUAAACAUGGUAAAGGUGGAGAAGCACCUGCUGAUGAGUGGGAAGAAAUGCCUUAUUCAGAAGACCUGGAUGAGUUUCUCCACAAAGCAGCGACAGAGAAACAUGGACACGGCGUGUUACAGAAAUCUAUUGCCAUUCAUCGCAAGAGCCUAUCGGGACAUUCAGACUUUACUCUCAACACUGGAGAGAGUUUCAGACAUGACGAUGACAGGGAACUAGAACCUGCUGUAUGUGGUGUCUGGACGUGUGAUGAGGUUGUAGUUGACAGUGAACAAAUACCUUGUUUUGAGGAUUCCCGAUCUCAAGUCAGCUAUGUGCUGGAGAGGGCAGGAGAUGGGUGUGGCCAACACCAGGGAAGCAUGUCCCACAGGGACACAGUAACAGUUUCACAUCCUUGUGGAACUGAUUAUACAACUACUCUGAAUGAAAGAAGUGAUGGGAUCUCAACCAUUGAUAAAGAUGUGUCACAGUCUGUAGAUAAAGACAGGCUUCUUGUAUCCAAAGGUGUUGUUGAGACAUUGGCAGCUGGGGAAUAUAUGAAAUCUUGUAAUUACGUUUCAAUGCCUGUUGAUGGAAGAAUGGUAGCAGAACAUACCAUGUGUGGGAAUGUGGACACAGUAUGCUGGGAGGAUAUGCCAGAGUCAGAGGACCUUGAGAAGUUUCUGUUGGAAGCAGGAGGGCCACAUGGUCCUGUCACAGACCAACACUCUACGGCACAGACCAUAGCAGACCAUCACUGCAGACCACAGACCAUAGCAGACCAUCACUGUAGACCACAGACCAUAGCUGAUGAUCAUCGUAGGUCACAGACAAUAGCCGUUUCAACUAGACAGGAAGAUCCUGUAGAGCCAAAAGUCUGUUUGGAAAAGUUCUUUGAAGAAUCUUUUUCCGGUGAUGACUCUGUUUUCUUCACAGGUAUACUGUCACCUUUGGGUAAGAGAACAAUUAUUAAUGGUGUUAAUAGUAACAGUAUAAACUCAUUCAGAACCAGCCAUCAUGUCAGUUCAGAUACGUGUGUGUUAGGACCUGUUGCUUCAUUGACCCCUCAACAUCAAGGAAACAAUUCAAAAGACACCAAAGCAAUGUCAGGAGAGGCAAGCCAGGCCCUUUCUAGUAAUCUACAAUCACAGCAUUCAAAUUGUGACAGUGUUUAUGAGCAGUUGAGCAUUGGUUCAAUGGUAACGGAAAAGACAGAUCAAACAGGGACAUGCUCAAGUGUGUCCAAAGGAUGUGAUGCCUCUCUGAAUGGUUCCACUGAACUGUUUGACGUCAGUGGUGUGGAUCUAUUUGAAUGUUUGAGUAAUGAAGAAGAAAAAUGUUUGGUGGAAGAAGAUCCAGGAACUGAUUUAAAGGAUGUGUCUGCAGUUUGGGAUUCAAUGGUGGAGACAAAGGACAUCCUAUGUCAGAAUGCUUUGUCUGAAGGUGUGGUUCCAAUUGUGAAGGAUUUGUCUGCAGUUUGGGAUUCAAUGGUGCAGACAAAGCAAGGUGUUCUUUUUCAGGACAACCCUGAAGCUUCACCAGGAUUUCAGAAACAGGUAAAAUUUGCUAAACGUUUGAGCCACAUGAGUUCCAUUCAGUUGAUUGAUAUCCGGAUGAAACUGAACUUUGCUCUUCCAAUGGACAGUCAGCUGACUCCGAUGAGGUCCUGCUUGCGGAGUGUCCCAACACCUGAGGUAACUAAACAUGACAGAAAGUGCCUGGAAGGGAAAGAAAACCAGUCACCACUCAAGGUCAUCUCGGCUGUGAAAUUUGUCCAGAAACAACCAACACUGUCACAUCCUGACACAUCAGUGUCAACACAAAAUGAUACAAAUGAUUUAGGGCCAGUACACAGGAGCAGUGAUGGUGACAACAUAGAUGAUUAUUGCUUUCAACAGUCACAAGAUCUGUUUGCAAACAGUCAGCUAACAGAUCAUGUAGACUGGAGUAGCACCUCGGACUCUGACACAUCACCUACAGCAGGUGGUGGAUGUGAUCAACCUCCAGAAAAACUUGGAAGCAUCAAUAUUUAUCCAUCCCAAAGCCAUAACACUGUCAGGCACUCUGAUUCAUAUCAACCUCAAAGAGUUAUCCAUGCGGAUGGGAAAUCAGGUAAAUGUCAUCUGGGUGUGUUUGUUUGUGAUGGAAGAAGCGGAGGAAGACACUUGCCCCCGACCAGCAGGGAUUACUUUAAUGGGAAGGACAAUAAAUAUAAUCAUAAGAAUAUGUCCGACUGUGAUAAUGAAACUGCCCCGUGUGUGUUCAAUGGGGCCAAUGAGUCCUGCAGUAACACUGCGAAGGAUGAGGACACCAGUCAGGUGCUCUAUGAUGGGUCUCCACUGCUGUUCUCCCAGGCAGACCAGACACCCUGUCAGGUAUCCAGCACCCCUAUCGGGCACUGUAGCACUGAGGAGUUGGGCCAGGGGCUUACACCAGACUUGUUCAGUCCUUGAAACAACCCAUGUCCUGUUUUCGGUUCAAGUGAGUCCAGCAACCUAUGCUUUGUAAGAGUGAGUGAGUUAGCCAUAUUCAAGCAAUAUCACGGCGGGGAACACCAGAAAUGGGCUUCACACAUUGUACCCAUGUCGGGAAGCGAACACGGGUCUUCAGUUUGCCUAGCGAACGCUUUAUCCACUGGGCUACCUGACCGCCCAUAUGCUUGUAAGAGAUGACUCUGCUAAAGGUCUGUGGUCAUGCUCAGUGACUUUGUUGAUUGUGUGUCAUCGUACCCGGUGGUGUGUGAUAUUGCCCAGAGUACCAAUCACUGGUAUAUCUUGUCCAAACCAAUCUCAUUAACAUCAAAUCUAAUUUCUCGCUGCUGCUAAACAAAGAUCUGAGGACAUCCCAUUACGGGUCACGUCAAAAUGACCUUUCACGAACUUUGAUCAACCACUGAAACGGCAAACAAGAAGUCGUCAUCAGCCAAUUAAAUUCUUGAGCUUUACGGCACUCGUUUCAACCUGGCGAUUUCCAUUUUAGACUACGCUUGAACAAUAUGUUGACACAGUUCUCGAUUAAAAUUUUGAAAACUGAACAGUCGAACAUUCCGGAAUGACUAAUGUAUGGUUGAGACUGUAUGGCAGAGCUUCCCACGAACUGUGCAAAGCCUCCUCUGUUCAAAUGUUUAUUCCAAAAAAGCGAGAGUUAGACGAUAAUUUUGACGGAAUCAGUCGUACGGGUCGUAACUGUCGUUCGGAAUACCCCAUGUUAACGUUUCCGAGG